AUGGCGCGUUCCUCCGUCGUCCAAGAGUAUGACGCGCCGUCCACAACCCUGAGCCUGGACCAGAAAGUCACCCACGAGCGCCAGAUCUACCGAGUCCCUCGCCCAAAGGGCUACCGCGUCUCAUGGCACGCCAACCCGGCCGUCGAGGCGCACCAUUUCGGCCAAUCACAUCCUAUGAAACCAUGGCGACUCACUUUGACCAAGCAGCUCGUCAUGGCGUACGGCAUGCACCACGCCAUGGACCUGUAUCUCGCGCGGGCGGCGACAUAUGAAGAAAUGGCCGAUUUUCACGAAGCGGACUACCUGGAUUUCCUGAAGCAGGUUAUGCCGGGAGAUAUGGACCGCGCCGAGCAAAGCGAUAACGUGGUGCGGUUCAACUUUGGCGACGACUGUCCCAUCUUCGACGGGCUGUACAAUUACUGCUCGCUGUACGCGGGCGGCACGGUCGACGCGGCGCGCAAGCUGUGCAAUGACCAGGCAGAGAUUGCGAUCAACUGGUCUGGCGGUCUGCACCAUGCGAAAAAGGCCGAGGCUAGCGGGUUUUGCUACGUCAAUGAUAUCGUCCUCGGUGUUCUACAGCUAUUGCGCCACCACCCGCGGGUGAUGUACAUCGAUAUCGACGUGCAUCACGGAGACGGUGUCGAGCAGGCAUUCUGGUCGACGGACCGCGUACUCACCGUUUCGUUUCACAAAUACGAUAAAGACAACUUCUUCCCCGGAACUGGAGCUCUCGACGAUACAGGCCCUACACACCCCCUCAACCCCGGCGCACACCACUCCAUCAACGUCCCGCUCAACGACGGCAUCGAUGACGAAUCCUACAUCCAACUCUACCACGACGUAAUCGGCGCCUGCGUCGAGACCUACCGCCCCGGCGCAAUCGUCCUCCAAUGCGGAGCCGACAGUCUUGGCUGCGACCGCCUGGGCUGCUUCAACUUGAACGUGCGCGCGCACGGCGCCUGUGUCGCCUUCACCAAAACCUUCGGCCUGCCCCUCCUCGUCGUCGGUGGUGGCGGGUAUACUCCGCGCAACGUCUCCCGCGCCUGGGCACACGAGACAUCCAUCCUCCUCGAAGCGGACCAAAUAAUCGACUCCACAAUCCCAGAUUCAGUCGCCUUCCGCACACACUUCGGUCCAGACUACUCGCUCUUCCCACCAUUAUCGGAAAUCCGCAAGCUGGAGAAUAAGAAUCCCCGCCCUUACCUUGCCGGGCUGGUCGAGUCUGUCCAUGAACAACUGCGGUAUAUCAAGGGUGCGCCCAGUGUGCAGAUGAGUUUUAUUCCCCCGGAUAUCCUGGGUCUGCGCGAGGAAACAGAAAAAGAAAUCGAGGAGGAAACCGCUAUGCUGGAGGAAGAGCGCGAAGAGCAUUUCGGUGGUGGUUCCGCUGCGGCGGCAGCUGCGGCGGCUUAUACAGACGUGCCUGGCUCGGUGGGUGCUAUUCCCCGUGGGAAUCGUCGGCGCGAGAUGGAGCGUGGAGCUGGGUAUAGAGGCGAACUAUAUUCAUGA